AUGACCCGGGGCAUCGCGCCCCUCGGCCUCCCUGGCCCUGCGGGCGCCCCAAGGGCCAUCGCCUCCCCCGUGCCGAGCGCUCCCUGCCCGGCGUCUGCGCGGCCUCGGGCCCGGCCCGGGGGACCUCCCUGCGCACCCCUGACCCCCCCCCGCACCCCCUCCGGUCGCCCGUCCUCGGACUUCACGGCCCCGCCUGGUAGACAGACUCUGGGCCCCGCGAGGCAAAGACAGCUUCCCCGAGGCACCUCAAGAGAGGCACGGACGGGUAAGUCGAGGCCCACGGAGGGCGCGGUGGCGCUGGGCGGGGCGCGCGUAGGGGAGGCGGGCGGGGAGGGGAACAGGGCUGGUCGGCAGCUCUCGGUCCUUCGGGCACGGGGGCACGGCGGGCACGGCGGGCGCUGCACCUGCGGGGGGCCACGGGGCUCCCGCUGGUGCCAGGGCGGUCACCCAGCCGCACACCUGCGCAGUGCCCCCCGCCCCCCAGAGCGCGCCUGGCCCGGAUUGGGCGCGCCGGCCCGGGGGGCGGGCCUCGGAAAGCGGAACCGGAAGUGCCGCCGCGGGCCGCCGCGGGCCGCCCGGGCGUCGGGGGUCGUGGCCGGGGAGGGACGCGGUCGUGGGCCCGCCCGGACGCCUCAGCAGGCCCGCGGCCGGGUCGCGCUCUCCUCCGCCGGGAGGACUCGGGCCCCGCCCUGCCCGCUGCGCUCGGGAGCCCGGACGCAGCCCGCCCGCCCCGGACCGCCGCCCGCGGGCUUCAGCUGGGGGGGCUGCUGGGUCCUGGGGCCCAACACCCGGGCCGCGACCUUGACGUGCCCUCUGCUGCUGCAGCCAGCGCCGUGCGCCUGCGCCAGCUCCCACGGCCCACGGCACCCGCGUCCCGGCCCGCGGCUUCCUUGCCUUCCCCGCGCCGCCCCAGGGCCGCCCCAGGGACCCACCAGCCCCCGCGGUCACCGGGGUCGCCGCCCCAGGGACCCACCAGCUCCCCCGGUCACCGGGGUCACCGCCCCAGGGACCCACCAGCUCCCCCGGUCUCGGGGUCGCCGCCCCAGGGACCCACCAGCUCCCCCGGUCUCGGGGUCACCGCCCCAGGGACCCACCAGCCCCCGCGGUCACCGGGGUCACCGCCCCAGGGACCCACCAGCCCCUGCGGUCACCAGGGUCGCCGCCCCAGGGACCCACCAGCCCCCGCGGUCACCGGGGUCGCCGCCCCAGGGACCCACCAGCUCCCCCGGUCACCGGGGUCGCCGCCCCAGGGACCCACCAGCCCCCGCGGUCACCGGGGUCACCGCCCCAGGGACCCACCAGCCCCUGCGGUCACCAGGGUCGCCGCCCCAGGGACCCACCAGCCCCCGCGGUCACCGGGGUCGCCGCCCCAGGGACCCACCAGCUCCCCCGGUCACCAGGGUCGCCGCCCCAGGGACCCACCAGCCCCCGCGGUCACCGGGGUCACCGCCCCAGGGACCCACCAGCUCCCGCGGUCACCGGGUCGCCGCCCCAGGGACCCACCAGCUCCCCCGGUCACCGGGGUCGCCGCCCCAGGGACCCACCAGCUCCCCCGGUCACCGGGGUCGCCGCCCCAGGGACCCACCAGCUCCCCCGGUCACGGGGUCGCCGCCCCAGGGACCCACCAGCCCCCCGGUCACCGGGGUCACCGCCCCAGGGACCCACCAGCCCCCGCGGUCACCGGGGUCACCGCCCCAGGGACCCACCAGCCCCCCGCCGGUCACCGAGGGUCACCGCCCCAGGGACCCACCAGCCCCCGCGGUCACCGGGGUCACCGCCCCAGGGACCCACCAGCUCCCCCGCGGUCACCGGGGUCGCACCGCCCCAGGGACCCACCAGCUCCCCCGGUCACCGGGGUCACCGCCCCAGGGACCCACCAGCUCCUCCGGUCACCGCCCCAGGGACCCACCAGCUCCCCCGGUCACGGGGUCACCGCCCCAGGGACCCACCAGCCCCCGCGGUCACCGGGGUCGCCGCCCCAGGGACCCACCAGCUCCCCCGGUCACCGGGGUCACCGCCCCAGGGACCCACCAGCCCCUGCGGUCACCAGGGUCGCCGCCCCAGGGACCCACCAGCUCCCCCGGUCACCGGGGUCGCCGCCCCAGGGACCCACCAGCUCCCCCGGUCACGGGGUCACCGCCCCAGGGACCCACCAGCUCCCCCGGUCACGGGGUCACCGCCCCAGGGACCCACCAGCCCCCGCGGUCACCGGGGUCACCGCCCCAGGGACCCACCAGCCCCCGCGGUCACCGGGGUCACCGCCCCAGGGACCCACCAGCUCCCUCGCGGUCCACCAGGGUCAGCCGCCCCAGGGACCCACCAGCCCCCGCGGUCACCGGGGUCACCGCCCCAGGGACCCACCAGCCCCCCGGUCACCGGGGUCACCGCCCCAGGGACCCACCAGCCCCCGCGGUCACCGGGGUCACCGCCCCAGGGACCCACCAGCUCCCCCGGUCACGGGGUCACCGCCCCAGGGACCCACCAGCUCCCCCGGUCACCAGGGUCACCGCCCCAGGGACCCACCAGCUCCCCCGGUCUCGGGGUCACCGCCCCAGGGACCCACCAGCCCCCGCGGUCACCAGGGUCGCCACCCCAGGGACCCACCAGCUCCCCCGGUCACGGGGUCACCGCCCCAGGGACCCACCAGCCCCCGCGGUCACCGGGGUCACCGCCCCAGGGACCCACCAGCUCCCCCGGUCACGGGGUCACCGCCCCAGGGACCCACCAGCCCCCGCGGUCACCGGGGUCACAGGUCACCGGGAUCACCACCAGGCGCUGCUUCUGGGUCACGACCCCUGUCACUAG